AUGGGGUUCUAUCAAGGUGACGACGAUGACACCGACACCAAGACAUUUAACGACAAGUUCAUCAAAGACCGGAAGUUCGCCACGGCUCCCUUCUGGAGCCUCUUCCCCAAGUUGAAGGACAUCGACGAGGACGAUGACCCGCUCUUCCCGCUGCCCUUCAAGUUCAACUUCAAGGAUUUUGGCGACAAUGCCUUCGCCAUGGCAUCAGGAAUUCCGACCGUGAAGCAGUUCGACAAGUGCCAGGAGCUAAAGGGCCAGUCCGCGUGGACAACCCAGGGCAUUUGGAAGUGCCUAGUCCCCGGCCAAGCGAUCCCUCCACUGCCCAACCUGGACUUCCUCUUGCCCCUGGAAGACGUCCAGUCAGACAAGUCGCAUUCCCGUGGGCUGUUCUUCAACGACUUCAACCUUUUUUUGAAAUGGAGAUCGCACAUGAACAAGCUGCAACAGCAAAGAACCAUCAAGUCCGCUGCCCUGGAACCCGUGGCUAGGACCCCGGAGGACCUCAUGUUGAGCUGGGACGACUUGCAUUUGAGUAACGAUGCUGAGUACGCAACUGCGAACGGGGCCAAGAAAAUCGUCGGUAGGGCACAGUCCAUCAACACUACUAGGGACUCCAGUGAUUCAAAACCUAACACUGUCAAGACUGAGAAAAUUUACUACGACGACGGCACCGUGGAGAUCACCACCACCACCACCGCCAAGGGUUCCAAGCCUCAGGUGAAUCAUGAAGUGGUGAGCACCGAUCAAGACAAAUAG